AUGCUUCUCGGCUGGCUAUUCUUCGUGCCAACCGGUUUUCUAUUCGCCAGAUUCGGCAAACAACUCUUCCAAAACCAAAAACUCGUCGGCAUGCCUGUCUGGUUCCAAAUCCAUCGCUCAUUCACUUUUCUCGGCGUCUGUUGUAUCUGUACUUCAAUAAUUUGUAUCUUUGUCUCCACGAAUUUCACCUGGAAGGGUACCGGGUCGGUUGCCUGGUAUUGGACGCAGUGGCAUGCCGAUUUGGGAACGAUUUCGACGGUGUUGGCGGUUUCACAGCCUUUGAAUAGCUUGUUGAGAUGCGCUCCUUCCAACUCCCAACGAAAAAUCUUCAACUGGGCACAUCGUAUCACUGGAAUGACAUCUUACACUCUUGCAGUGGCAGCGAUCUACGUAGCCGCAGCGAAAUACCGUAAGACAUGGUCGGAGCCAUUUAUGGAAAUUGUGUUGACUAGUGUGCCAACUGCCUUGUGUUUGGUGACGGCGGUGAUGGUUUGGAUGAUAGAGAAGAGGAAAACGAGGGAUGGAGGGUACAAGGAGGUGGAGAUGAACGAAAAAUCUUCAUCUUCUCUACCAUCAUCCAUCUGGACUUUAGAAACCUCCCAACUCCUCCAAACGUCGUGGCUAUUCCUUGUCGUCGGUUGCUGUCUUCUAGCCGCCACGUCACUCAGUCUUCUCGUAGCGAACGGAUUUAAAGAGUGA